UUGGCCGACGAGGCGGUCGCUCCGUGUCUCGUGUUCAACCGUUCGACGGGUUCGACGCAAGAACGUUACUUUCUGAUCCGUUUAAUUCGAGAGUGUGUUCAAUCAACGAAACAAAAAACAUAGAAAUAUCGGUUUCCUGAACAAAGCAGACGAUUUCUCCGAAGAUCGUAAAUACCAGUGCGACGACCAGCCGAACGGACUGCAGAACGAGGGCCAGGCUUGCGUCAAAACGUAUAUUAUUGUGCAACGACGAGUGCGUGCUUGUACCAAAAUGUAAUACCGCGACGGUGAGAUAGAGAUACGUCGACGUCGAUGUAAUCGCAAGCUUCGUUGAACGUAGACGAAGAUUUGUACAUGUACAGUCGUUUCGAAUGUGCACUUUAUGUGGUUGUGCGUGAAUGCAAUCACAAUCUACGUGUGCGCGUUGACCGGAGUGUACUCAUUCAAUUCUCCGAAGCCAAAGUUAUACGAGCAAAACUUUACGCGAUACGUUCUGACAUCCGAGGAAGGGAAAGGCUUCUCUUGAAGAGGGGGCCGGAUAGGUGGUGCGUAUUUACCCAGUGAAUCACACAUGAUUGACUCCAUGCGAUUACGAGACGCCGCUGGUAGUUUAGGUCAUCUAUGUUUACGUGAACACUUCUAAAUAUACUCGUAAACAAACAUUGAUGUCCACUUACACAGAGGAACUCGCUUAGCUGCUAGCAGGUUCAGCGAGAAUACGAGUUUUCCUCUAUCUGUUCGAGUUAAAUAGCCACGUACCUCGCUGCCACUGCUGCCGCUGCCCGUUCGUUAGAAGAAGACAAAUAUUCGCUGUGUCUUGCGAAAAGCGAAAGAAAGGAAGAGAACAAUAACACGUUGCGUCGGUCGAGAGAGCGUGGCUUUAUUGCGCCCGCUGCUCGCCUGUAUCGUGGACGUGGAGGUGUAAACACGACCGUUGGUGCCAUUGUCCUUUUGCUUUCGCAACCGGCGAACAGGGGAAGUGAUACAUUCAUUGCGUACGCCAUGCCGAGUGCCGAGGAAACAACGUAUUUAAUUAAAGUGCUGCCCGACACGACGCAGGACUUCCUUUCACGCGACGUGGACCUCCUCGUAUCGCAAAUAAAGGAAAACCUUCGACUGUCUAGUUUAAAAGCGAAGUCUAGCAUCAGUUACAAGAACCGGCCGUCGCCUUAUCAAAUACCGUCGAGGUCGUGGGCAGACCCGAACAGUUGCGAGAUGUGCGGCACGAAAAACACCGCUGCUCACGAGCAUCGUCAUCUGAAUCAUCACCAUCAUCAUCACCAUCACCUACACCACCACAAGAGGCCCACGGCUAGGGACGAUGACCCGUACGAGCUCCUGCAGGAACUUCUUAAAGAGGGUGGACUGAUAAAAGAGGCUGUAAAAAGACUUCAAGCAAAUUUGGACGAUUUAGAUAAUUCUGAAGAGGAAGUGGACGAUGAGCAAUCGUCGGUGAUAUAUCGCAGAAAACCGUAUUUCUACGAUUCCGAGGACGAGCAAUUACCGCCUGUAUACAAGCCGCUCGAACUGUGAGACUCAAGUUUUAAAUAACGAUCCUCGAUCGUAUAGAGCAGAGUGAGAAAAAAAGUUUCGGUGUUCCUCGUUAACCAGUUCUUGUUCCUUACUUUACCUUUCGGUACGGUGCAUAACGUUAACAUAAAAUGUUGAAAGAAAAACCGUAUGAUUCGUGCCGUAAGAAAGUACAACGAGGUAAAAUACAAUUAGCCGAGAGAACUCGUCUUGCACAGCAGUGUUUGUAAAUAUGGUAUGUUGUUAUUCGAAGCAGUCACGCACACGGUUUCGUGCAACUUCGGCCAAGAUCGCCGGCAUAUCGACAAUCCACGAUGCAAGAUGCGAGGCUUACGUGGAAAGCAUGGCUGCCUCGAUUCCGAGCCUCUCCGGGCUAGAUUUACAUGACAACAGCAUUUCUCCCCCUUUCCUUUUAAUUGAAACUUAGCAUACUCGUUGGAUAAAAAGGAAAAGAAGCUAAACAGUUCCUGACUGAUGCUCGCGUCCAGGGUAACAGAGUAAAAGAUAGUAUGUCUAUUUCGAGGAGUAGUUAUAACAAAUUUUUGGAACCGUCUGUAUACGACUCUUUUAUUUAGAAGAAACAAACGAUCAUUGUUAUUUUUAAUCGGUUCCCUAUUUUUUUUUUUUUUAUUAUUCUUUUCAUAGCGAUGUAAAGUAAUCUGACAGUAUGCGGUCGACGUAAAGUAGUUAUUCGAUGAUGAAGCUAAACGAGUAUUGAGAAGCAAGUGCUAUAUGACACAAAUCGAUAGCAUAAUAAUGGACAUAGUAAUUAAAUGCUUACAUGUUUAAAUUCGAUUGUUACCUCUGUUAUAUGUACAGAUAUGAUUAUAGCUUUUUUAAUAGCGUGAAGUACGGCAAAGGGCGCGUAUGAAGGUAUCCUAUAGGAUAUAUUAGUUGAGAUAAAUUUCGCUCGAUUUGUCCGGGCUAUUAUGGUCCAGUUGCUAUGAUAAUUAAGUAUAAAAAUUGUCGGAGAAACGAAUCAACGAAUUAUUAGAAAAGUCAUUUGACAGAAUUGUAUAACUAUCGCGACUCCAUGGAUAGUGAUCUCAUUUAUUUGUUUGUUUCCAUUUCUUUCGCUCGAACCAGCUAUUCAAUUACGAUAGAGAACAUUUUGUUAUGUAAUGUUCGUUGCCCGAGGCAUGUGUAUGUGUACGUUAUUUUCAAAUUAAGAUAAGUUCUAAUGAUCACGCGCACACAUAUCACCGUUCAUUUCGUCCACUGAAAAUAUAGCUGACCCGUUUGACGAGAAAGACAGAGAGGUCCCUGGCUCGGACCGAUUCGUUUCUAUUAUAAAUCGUAGGUUGCAUAGCACUUACACACGACCCAGUGAAUUUACAUUUGUUCCACGCGUAUUCCAUACUAUAUGUAUGUAGUUAUUUAUCACUAUCGAUUCUUAGUGAUACAACUGCCGUGUGCGCGUGUAAAUUUGUACGUACUUAUAUUAGAUAUUCUGUACAUACACGCGUACCGCGUAUGCAUCGUGUCCAUUUAUGUGGGUUUUUGCAGAACAGUGUAUCGUUCGUUUUCGUCUUGCGACAUCGGAACUUUCAAUGAGAAUAUAUUGACUACGAGUUGUAUGAACUUUAAUGAAUAUUCAGUUGUUAACUAAAAAUGUACGUACUGGGUUGGAUCGCGAACGCGUGAUCGUAUGAACAAAUGUAUUUGAGGAAUUACUACGAGAUUCUGCAUUUUGCGUCCUAUGUGCGUGCAUGUGUGUGUGUGUGUAUGUGUGUGCGUGUGUGCGAUGAUUGCGUUUACGUAGGAAUGUUUAACCAGUGAAAAAUUUGUCUUUGAAUUCAUUGAACUGUAAAUUAAACAAGCUAUAUACCUCGUUGUGAUGGUCGGAUUUCUCAUUCGACAAACCUUAAUCAUGUGAAUAAAUGAAUAAAACAUUUCAUUCUAA